AUGGCGAUGAGUGAUCCUUGGAUUAGGGGAAGAAGAGAAGGUUGUCUUAUUGGACCCCAAAAGCAAGGUACGUAUGAUAUUACGGUUAAACAUCUUAUGUUGCCAAAUGAGAAACAAUGGGAUAUGCGGGUGAUAAGAGAUGUUUUUGAUCAUGUAGCGUGUGAAGACAUAUUACAGGUCCCUUUGUUGAAGGAGGUGGUGAGAGAUAGAUUGAUUUGGAAAGAAGAGCAAAAUGGUGUGUAUAGUGUGCGGUCGGGAUACAGAUUGUGGAGGAGUUCUUUUGAAGCAACAAAGGUGGGUAUGAUUGCGUUUCAUAAUUGGCAAGAUUGGUUCAUGGCUCAAAGGAACCAAGAAAGCGGAAUUAAUCCUCAAAAUGGCAUCAGUUGGAACCCGCCAUCGGAAGGGUGGUUAAAGUGCAAUGUGGAUGCGGGGUUUAAUAAGGAAUGGGGGGCAACUAAUAGAGGUUGGUGUGUACGGGAUAAAAGUGGAAAUUUCAUUGUUGCAGGGGUUGCUUGGGAUAUUGAUACCCUCUCUAUUCUUGAAGCAGAAGCUUCGGCCAUUAAAGAAGCUAUCGAAGGUGCUAUAGCUAUGCACUUGGAAAAUGUCAUCUUUGAAAGCGACGCUCAACAGGUAGUGCAAGCUAUCCAUUCCAAACAUAUGGAUGAUUCCGAGUUUAGCUUAAUUAUUAUGUCUAUUAGAAACUUGUUACAUGUUUUUUCCAACUUCGAGGUGAAUUUCAUUAAACGUCAAGCGAAUUCGGUUGCCCACUCCCUAGCGAAGGCGGUCAAUUCUUGGACUAGACGUAGUGUCAUAAACUCGAUUCCUCCUUGUAUUCAACCUAUUAUUUUAAAUGAAAUGCAUUGA